AUGACCUUCACCAAGACCGCCGCCUUCGCCAAGGUCCAGGCCAGCGGCCUCGAGCAGCAGGGUCUCGGUGUCAGCGCUGGUGUCGGAUCGCUCCUCGGCGGCGCCCAGUUCACUGGUGUCGACUCGCUCCUUGGCGGCGCCCAGUACACCGGCGUCCACUCGCCGCUCGGUGGCGACCAGUUCAUCUCCGCCCAAGGCCUCGCCGGCGCCCAAGGCUUCACCGGCGCCGACGCCAACGUCGCGGCCCUCCUCAACACGCCCCUCGCGCAGCUCCGCGCCAACCCCGCCCUCCACUCGCAGUACGCCCACCUGCCUGCUCUCGUCAUCCGCACCGAGGAGCUCCCCGUCCUCCAGCCGCUCCCCAACGUCCUCGGCCUCCCCCACGCGACCUACCCCGAGGCCUUUGACGUGCGCUACACCGAGGUCCUCUCGCGCGAGGCCGGCCUCCUCCCGCAGGCUGCCCGUCUCUGGCCCGCCGGCGAGGUCUGCGCCCAGUCGUACUCGGCCCUCAACGCCCCCCUCCCCCUCUGGGACCCCCUCAACGUCUUCGGCGUCCUCGACAACUCGCCCGUUGCCGGCCUCGGCGCCCCCAUGAUCCAGCGUGCCGUCCUCGACGAGCGCCGCGCCGCCCUCGAGCUCACGCUCGCCCACCCCGCCUGGCGCUCGCCCAUCACCUCGGUCAUUGGCUUCGAGGCUGAGCUUGCCCAGGUCGACCGCGAGCUCGCGCUCCGCCGUCUCCGCCACAUCCAGGCGGUCAUUGCCGCUCGCUACUUCCAGCACGCGCGCCUCGCCGCUCUUGGCAACGCCGACAUUGCGCCCAUCGGCCACUGGCGCCCCUUCCAGCGCUUCUCCCACCUCGGCUGGGGCAACGUCGGACCCAUCGUCCACGGCUACCUCCCUUCGCUCCUCGGCUCUGUUCUUGUCGCCCCCGAGGCUGUGAUGGGCUCGCACGGCAUCAUCGCCGAGCUUGUUCGUGCCCGCAUCCUUGGCGACAUUUACGAGAACGAGAUUGCCUGCCUCGGCCCCGACUCGUUCUACGCCUACCCCCGCCACAUUAUCAACCCCGACAACGUUAUCCUCGCCGUCCUUGCAGGCGUCCACCGCUUCAUCGAGCGCGACGACUUUGAGCUGGCUCAGCGCCUCGCCUGGACCGAGAAGUACUUCCACGGCACUACCACCGGUGGUUUCGACUCCAUCUUUGAGGCUCAGUCCUUCGACCAGGACCUCUCGCGCCGUCUCGGUCUCGUCGGCGCCUGGACUGAGAACGCCUGUGGCCUCUACGGCUCGCCUAUCGGCCGCAACCUCCCCCAGCGUCUCGUCGACUGCGGCGUCGACCCCCUCGCCAUCACUCGUGCCCAGUUCGCCGGUCUCUUCCCCUCGUGCUCGGCUUACCCCGUCUACCCUGGCGGCCGCGCCAUCUCCCGCAUCGGCAUCCCCGCCGGCGACAUCGGCGCCGCUACCAUCGCCGCCCGCCUCGGUCACCUCACCCACCUCUCCGGCUGGGGCGGUCUUGGCCAGGCCGUUGACCGCGACCUUGCUGCCCGCUUGGUCCGUGGCGGUGUCGACCGCAUGCUCGCUUACGGCCUCAUCGGCGAGAUUGUUCAGCGCAACUUUGCCGAGCACCUCGUCCACCGCGGUGUCGAGCGCUCGAUCGUCGACAGCUUGAUCCUCCACAACAUCAUCCCCGUUGGCGUUGAUCCCCUCUACGCCCUCGACUCGCCCAUUGACCGCGCCUACGCCGACCGCCUCGUCGGUGCCGGCAUCUCGUCCGUCAUCUGCGACCACCUCGUCGGCUCGCAGCUCACCCGCGACCUUGCCGACCGCCUCCAGUACUUCGGCACCCGCUCGCACCUUGUCAACCGCCUCAUCCUCUCGGGUCUCGUCCCCACCACCCAGUACGGCUUCAUCCGCGAGCGCCGCGCCCUCACCCAGGGCGACAUUCAGUUCGCCAAGCAGAUCCGCGCCCGCGUCAACGCCGAGAAGGCUGCCGAGCAGGCUGCCACCUCGGCUGCCACCGCUGCCGCGACCUCGGCCGCUGCCAACUCGGCCGCCGCCACUGGCCUCCCCUCGGUCGGCUCGGGCAUCGCUCGUGCUGACGGCAUCGCUACCCCCUACGAGGGCCGUGGCACCGCCACUGCCCACGGUGUCGCCACCCCCACCUUCGAGACUGGCUUCGGUGACCGCCUCGGUGGCCUCGACGCCUCCUACGGCCGCCUCGGCAUCGACGAGGUCAACGCUAUCCGCACCGCUGAUGCCCUCGCUCGCACCACUGUUGUCGCCGAGCCCGACUUUACCGGCUCGCAGACCCACAUCAUCGACACCAAGGUCGCUACUGGCGGCGACUUUACCCGUGGCGGUCUCGGCCGCGCCUACACCAAGCGCUUCGUCGCGAGCCAGAUCGCCAACCAGCUCGGCCACAACACUGUCGUCCACGGCGCCUACCGCGACUGGAUCCGCGGCCAGGCUAACGCCUACGCCCGCAACCCUCUCGCGAUCAACCGCUUCAUUAACGCCGAGCUCACCGGUGACGGCAGCCCCCUCAACCCCGUCCACGUCGCCCCCAUCCGCUUCGGCUCGCGCCUCUAA